UCCACCCUUCUUAGUUCUUACACCUACAAAAGGCCAUCCCAGUUCCAUUCUUCCUUGCUCUCCUGUCCCCCACUUUCUCUUCUCUAAACUCCUUCACCAUUUCUCUUCUUCAGUUGACUUAAAAGCUCAGCACAACCAAUCUUUCCAUUACAAAGAAAACAUGAGAGAAAUCCUCCACAUCCAAGCUGGGCAAUGUGGAAACCAAAUUGGAGGCAAGUUUUGGGAAGUUGUAUGUGAUGAACAUGGUAUUGACACCUCUGGAAACUAUGUUGGUGACACCCCUUGUCAGCUUGAGAGGGUCAAUGUUUACUACAAUGAAGCUAGUGGUGGAAGAUACGUCCCCAGAGCUGUCCUUAUGGACCUUGAGCCAGGAACUAUGGACAGUUUGAGGACAGGUCCUUAUGGAAAAAUCUUCAGGCCUGACAACUUCGUGUUUGGACAGAAUGGAGCUGGUAACAAUUGGGCUAAAGGGCAUUACACCGAAGGAGCUGAAUUGAUCGAUUCUGUUCUCGAUGUUGUGCGCAAAGAGGCAGAGAACUGUGACUGCUUACAAGGUUUCCAGAUUUGCCAUUCUCUGGGAGGUGGUACAGGUUCUGGAAUGGGGACCUUGCUGAUAUCAAAGAUCAGGGAAGAAUACCCUGAUAGGAUGAUGAUGACCUUCUCUGUCUUCCCCUCUCCUAAGGUCUCUGACACUGUGGUUGAGCCCUACAAUGCCACGCUUUCUGUCCACCAACUGGUUGAAAAUGCCGAUGAGUGCAUGGUUCUUGACAAUGAGGCUCUCUAUGAUAUCUGCUUCCGAACUCUGAAGCUCACAAACCCAAGCUUUGGUGAUCUGAACCAUUUGAUCUCCACAACCAUGAGUGGAGUCACCUGCUGCCUCCGCUUCCCGGGGCAACUCAACUCCGACCUCCGAAAGCUUGCCGUGAACUUAAUCCCAUUCCCACGUCUCCACUUCUUCAUGGUUGGCUUCGCACCCUUAACCUCUCGCGGAUCCCAGCAGUACCGAUCCUUGACCAUUCCAGAGCUGACCCAACAGAUGUGGGACGCCAAGAACAUGAUGUGUGCUGCCGACCCCCGCCAUGGCCGGUACCUGACGGCGUCCGCCAUGUUCAGGGGCAAGAUGAGCACCAAAGAAGUAGACGAACAAAUGAUCAAUGUUCAGAACAAGAACUCUUCUUACUUCGUUGAAUGGAUCCCAAACAACGUCAAAUCGAGUGUUUGUGACAUUCCCCCAACUGGGUUAUCCAUGUCUUCAACUUUCAUGGGUAACUCGACCUCCAUUCAAGAGAUGUUCAGGAGGGUUUCUGAGCAGUUUACCGUUAUGUUUAGAAGAAAGGCUUUUCUCCAUUGGUACACCGGUGAAGGUAUGGAUGAGAUGGAGUUCACUGAGGCUGAGAGUAACAUGAAUGACUUGGUCUCUGAGUAUCAGCAGUAUCAAGAUGCAGUGGCGGAGAAUGAGGAUGAGUACGAAGACGACGAUGCAGAGGAGCUUUGAGCUGAAGUGAGGAAGAGGAGUGUGUCAGGGGGGGAUGUGUAAAGAAAUCUUUUGGUCGAGGGUAUUAUGGGGAAAAAGUAUGAUAUUUCAUAUUUGUUUUGUGCUUCAUGUUAAUAAUGGGCAAGCAACUACAUAUGUAAUAUGUUUUAUUGAAUCUUUGAGAUUAUUUUUUAUUUGUAUGUAUGUUGUUAAUUUGAUUGUCUUA